AGUUGGAUCCUGGUGGGCCAGGGAUGGGGUCCCUGGGCACAGCACUGUGCCUCCUGGUGCAGCUCUGGGUCUUGCAAGGAGCCACAAGCCUAUGUGUGCAGCAAGAACCCAAGUUGCUGCGGGUACAACAAGGCACUCAGGCAACCCUGACAUGCCGAGUGACACAGGCCCAGGCCUGGGAACAACUCCGUGUUGGGUGGACAAAGGACGGCGACAUCUUAUGUGAGCCAUACAUCACCAAUGACAGCCUAAGCAUGGUGGCCUGUGGGCCCCGGGGCCAACUGUCCUGGGAGGCUCCUGGAGUUCUUACUCUGUGGCUGGACCUCGUAAGCCCCAGUGACAGUGGGGACUAUGUGUGCUGGGUGGUCAUGGAGAUUCCUGAGUUGGACCAGGCUGAUGGCAAUGGGACACAGCUUCUGGUAGAUACAGAUGACCCCACGCUGGACAGGAAUCCUACCUCCAGCCUCCCAGGACUGCUCUUUGUGCUGCUGAUGGUGGGGGCCGUGGCCGUGGCCUCAGUCGUGCUGGGAGCCGGGGUCUGGAACUGCCGCCGGCACUGGGGAAAAGACUCAGGCGACCGCCGAGGAAACCCAUUGUACAGCAAUGUACUAUAUCGGCCCCAUGGGGCCCCAAAGAAUGAGGACGGGCAUGGAGACGGGAAGGUGCUGGACAUCCCCAGAGGGCACCAGAAAGGCCAGAGAAUCUAUUCAAUCUCUUUUCCCCAGCCUGUCUCCCACCAGCCAUUUCCAGCCACCAAACCUUGCCCCAGCCCCCAACCCAGUCACUAUGUCUCCAUGGUCAGCGUCUCCCACCAGCCAUGUCCAGCCACCAAACCUUGCCCCAGCCCCCAACCCAGUCACUAUGUCUCCAUGGGCCCCUCUGGGCAGCCAAGGCCAAGAGGACUUCCUGAAAGAAGAGAGGAGUCAGAGACCCCGGAGAACCCAAAGGGGACUCCACCACCUGUGACUAUGUGAAGAUUGUAACUGCUUCCAAGGGAGGACAACAGUCCCAUCCUGACGUCCCAUCCUC